UGACUUUUACCACUUAGGUGCACCCUUUAUCUGGAGCCGAGGGUCUGCAGGCAGGAGGGCGUCUCAGGCCCCUGACCACAGGAUGGUGGCGGGGCUGUCGCUGGCCUGCAGUCCCGGGAGCUGGCUGGUCCCCGGGCUCUGGCUCCUGGCGCUGAGCGGUUUUGGAGGUCUCGUGGGCACCGAGGAGCAACCUUCCUGCAGAGGAGCCUUUGAUCUCUACUUCGUCUUGGACAAGUCUGGAAGUGUGGCAAAUAACUGGAUUGAAAUUUAUGAUUUUGUCCAGCAACUUACAGAGAGAUUUGUAAGCCCUCAAAUGAGAUUAUCUUUCAUUGUGUUUUCUUCUCAAGCAAACAUUAUUUUGCCAUUAACUGGAGACAGACGCAAUAUUGACAUAGGCUUGGAGGAUUUAAAAAAUGUGAAGCCAGCAGGAGAGACAUACAUCCAUGAAGGACUAAAGCUAGCAAAUGAACAAAUUCAGAAAGCAGGAGCUUUUAAAACCUCCAGUAUCAUAAUUGCUCUGACAGAUGGUAAGCUGGAUGGUCUGGUGCCAAAAUAUGCAGAAAAAGAGGCAAAGUUAUCCAGGUCACUUGGGGCUAGAGUGUAUUGUGUUGGUGUUCUUGACUUUGAGCAAGCUCAGCUGGAAAGAAUUGCUGAUUCCAAGGAGCAAGUUUUUCCUGUUACAGGCGGAUUUCAAGCUCUUAAAGGAAUAAUCAACUCUAUACUAGCUCAGUCAUGCACUGAAAUCCUGGAAUUACGGCCCUCAAGUGUUUGUGUAGGGGAGGAAUUUCAGAUUGUUUUGAAUGGAAGAGGAUUUGUCUUGGGCAGUCGGAGUGGCAGUGUCCUCUGUACUUAUACUGUUAAUGAAACAUACACAACAAGUGUACAGCCAGUCAGUGUGGAGCUAAAUUAUAUGCUUUGCCCUGCGCCUGCCCUUAAUAAAGUAGGAGAGACUCUUGAUGUUUCAGUAAGCUUUAAUGGAGGGAAAUCUGUCCUCUCCAGCUCGUUAAUAGUCACAGCUACAAAAUGUUCUAAUGGGAUUGGAGCCCUCAUUGCUAUUUUGGUGCUGUUGCUGCUGUCGGGUGUUGGUUUGAUGUGGUGGUUCUGGCCCCUUUGCUGCAAAGUGGUUAUCAAGGAUCCUCCUCCACCACCACCUCCUGCACCAAAAGAGGAGGAAGAAGAAUCUUUACCUACUAAGAAAUGGCCAACUGUGGAUGCUUCCUAUUAUGGUGGCCGAGGAGUAGGGGGAAUCAAAAGAAUGGAGGUUCGUUGGGGUGAUAAAGGGUCUACUGAGGAAGGUGCAAGACUGGAGAAAGCCAAAAAUGCUGUGGUAACAAUUCCUGAAGAACCAGAGGUACCUGUCAGGCCUAAACCACCUCGACCCAGACCCAUACAGCCUCCUCAGACGAAGUGGUACACACCAAUUAAGGGUCGUCUUGACGCACUCUGGGCUUUGUUGCGGCGACAGUAUGACCGGGUUUCCUUGAUGAGGCCUCAGCAAGGGGAUGAGGGUCGAUGCAUAAACUUCUCCCGAGUUCCAUCUCAGUAAAAGGAAAGCUAAAAUAUUGGGAAAGUAUGAAGAUUGUCCAUCUAUACAGUGCUAAUUUCUAACCCAAUAACAACAACAAAAACAAGUGUAUUUCAGAAGUUUUGGGAAGAGCAGCUUUCCUCCUUCCAGUCAGGAAAUGUUUUCUGUGCCUUCUGCUUUGCUUACACCAAACAUUUUCAAACACUUGUUCUGCCAUCUACAUGGGAGUUUAUGAAACCUGGUAGUAUGAAUCAUGAGAUAUCAUGAUUCAUAACACUGGAAAAAAAGAAGGUUAAUCCACAUGCUACAGUUUAUACAGAAAGUUAGUCUGAAUGUGUAGAAGGACAAAAGCAUUGAAGAUGGACAGCAUGGAGAUGCAAAAUGGACCUCAAAAAGCAACUAGCCACAAUUGAUUGGUCCUGGAGAAGGGAGUGUUUACCAUGGGAACGUGGCACUUGUGUUUUCACAUGGCAAGAUUGUUAGCCACAGGCUGAGCAUGAGCUUUCCCGCCAGGCUAAGCAUCAGAUAAAGGAGUCCACUGCCUUAUAACUAUGUCAAAUCACAAAAUCCUUCACAGUUUGCCUUAUGGGAAGUUUCUGACUAGAAAAUUUUGUCAUUGUAACACUAAAAAGUGCACGCGCAUGACAAAAUGUAGGCACGAUGCCUCAAGGAAUUGGUAGCAAGCACGAUUUUGCCCUUUAGUUUUUGAAGACACCUUUCUUUCAUUAUGCACUCGGGAAAAGAAGAAAAUUAAUAGAGCGUUAUUCUACUGGAAGAUAGCCUCUAACCAGAGAUCUUGAGUGGAGCUAAUGGGACUCAUGAUUUGAGAACUUACCCCGUAAUUGGUAGAUUUACCCUUCUUUCUAUGUUUAUGAUUUAGUAGUGCAUAAAGCAUUAAUAUCUAUAAACAUACCUAGGAGUUUGUUUGGCUUUUAAUUUAAAGGAAGCAGUAACUACAAAGCUUCCGCUCAGGGUUUUUUCUUGCUCCAAGUCUCCAAGGGCUCUUCAGCGUCACAAGCCAGCAACUCUCUUUGCAUGAAAAUUUCAAAGUUUAAUUAAUAUAAUUAAAGGCAACAGCAAGCAGCAGCCUGUGAAGAUUUUGCUCAUCUUUUUUAUGCCUUUUGACAUUGAAUGACCUAUCACUGUAUGUGCAAUUCUUGGAUUUUGAGGGGUGCUCUACCUCCACCUUGGUUAAGAUUAGGUAGAGAGAAAAGAAAGACUUCCUCUCAUCGAUUUAUAAAUUAAAUUUUCAGGAGAGUUGGCCACCACAAAACAUCGAAAUUGUAUGUAUUGGCAUUCUUUUUUAGAAAAACCACUGUGUCACGUCGACAAUACCAAAUUAUGUUAGCGUGAGCAGAAACACUGGGGGGAGGAAGAAGGCAGCAGCUGAAGAAAAGGCUCAAAUGAUCUAGUCACUUUCGAUACUGUACUUCAGAUGCGAAAUGGAUAUUCGUCUCGAAACCUGACAAAGCGCGCCUGCUUUGAUGUGAACUGGUAUAGACAAUGACCAGUGGCUGGGUCAGUGCGAUGUCUCUCUGCGAGCACAAAGGCUUAUCAAAUGACACUAAAAAUAAGUUCAACAACCAUCACAUUGGAAGGGAGAAGGCGAACAAUUCACGUUUGGUGGGCAUCUGAGUGCACAAGAUGGAAAGAACGAUUUGGAGCAUCCCAGUAUAAAUUACUCCCAUUGUGCUCUUAAUGGAAAUUUCAAAGCAUGGGAGUGAUUCUGUUGGUUGGUGUCCAGAUAUGUGGCACUGCUCUGAGAAGGCUUACAAACACAUACACACAUGCGCACCACGUGUGUGCGUGUGCACACACACACAAACACACACACACUCUCUCUCUCCUCUAGCUCAGAUCUUUUGCUAAAGUUUAUUUAUGUCACUGGCUGGCUGGAUCCAAAGUCAUGUGUCUGCAUAUUCAUAAAUAAAAUUUUACCUGUAUCUUUGCUACCAUUUUCUUUAUUCCCACAUAAACUGAAGACUUGUUUGGUUGAAUGUAUAAUUGUCCUGGUUACUCACAACAAUAGAAUUAUAUUUACUUCCACAAAUCUGUUAUGUUCACAAAUAAUGGUCUUGGUAAUAAUGAUCCACGAGUGUGCAAGUGUGAUGUGGAAACUUGAUAUAUACUCAAUGUGCUUUGUAGACCUUGUUCUACAUUUGCAUCUAGGAUAGGUUUUAUUGCUGUUUUCUUAAGUUGGUAAUUCAUUUCUGAUUAGUGCAUAUUGCUAAAUGGGGUUUUUAAAACUACCCUGAAUUUGCUAUUAUCACAUGGCAUUUGUAUGGCAUUUAUAUUUUUGUCAUGUGAGCAGUGUAGACCUUUGCCCUUACAUACUAAAAUAACUUUCUCUGGAUUAUAUGGAAAUGGUCCCCUGUUUUAAAACCACUAUCAAGAAUUCUCACUGAAGAGGGGGAAGUAGUCUAUAUGUAGCCUAAAUUGUGUCAUCCAUACAGUUUAAAGACAUGGAACUUCAUUGCACUUAAAGAUAUGAACCAGACCUGUUUCUGAUUUUAUUAAAUUUUGAGAAUAAAACGAGAAUGAUUGUUCUUAAUGACUAUUGUUUUCUCACAAAAGAACUAAAUUAAAAUGCUCUACAUCUUUCAAGCAGAAAGAGAAAAGGCUAGAAUAAAGACACUUCUGUAAAUUUGAUGCCAUUUUAAUUUAUAUAGAGAAAUAGAUCUUGUUUAAUUUUCUGGACAUGUCAGUCAAGAUCUACUUUCUGUAUAUAAUAAGUCUAUUGCAACACAUAAUCCAUUUGUGUUGCAUAAGGUUGCAAAAACAAUUAAGUGGGAAAUGACUCCUAACUUAUGUGUCUACUCUGCUUAGAAAGAAAGUUUUGAAGGCAUCUAUAUAUAUUUCAUAACAAUGUCUGUUCUUUAUGGAUUUGAUCCAUAAAUAUUUAUCUAUCUGAAAACUUUGAUACUUGGAAUGUUUUCCUUAAAGCAUUUGGUGCUCCAAGAAAAAACAUUUGGUGCUAAGAGUUGCAGCACUGAUGCCUUUCCCCAAGUUAAUUCUAUUUUAAAAAUUUAUAUUUCCUUCCCAAUGAGAUGCAGAGUAAAAUUUGAGACCCUUCAUUAACUAGGAAGCAGCAUCUGUCAUCUACGGAUAAUUACUAUUUUGACAAAAAAAUAUAUAAGGUUUAAAUCUCCUAUAUUUCUAAUUAUAGAGAAAGAAAUAUAUUGUUUAUAUUUCCUUUAAAUUUUAUUCAAACCAUUUAUAAUCAUAAAUUAUCCAGUAUUCAUUUUCCUAAUAAAUCCUACUGUAUAUAAAAUCUGGGAUUCUGUGAAUUUAACUUUAUAAUCUAAUACCAUUAACUAUU